CCCCGACCAAGAAACGCAUUAUCAACCUGAUGGUAGAAUAACUCCAAAAGGAACAUACUUCGUAUUCAAUCAACUUAUUGAACCUUCAUCAGAUUUGAAUCCUAGGAAAACAUCCGCAUUAGUCCUUGAAUCCCCUAGCUUCGACUUUAUGCCACAAAUUGUUUCUGUUAGUCAUGUUGUAAAUGUAAAUUUACCACAUGAAGUGGGUACUAGUAACUAG